GGCUCCCGCUCUCCCUCCCAGACUCCACAGCAGCCGGGAUCUGAGGGCUUCCAGGGAUCUCCUAUGACUCACCCACCACUAGACGACCAAUGGAAUCGCUGACCUCCUCCCGGACACCAUGCUGUCUGCUGGGCCUUGUGGUGCUCUCCACUCUGACCUUCUCCCCGAUCCUGGCCAUUGAAGUUUACACUGACAGAGAGGUGCACGGCACCUUCGGCUCCAAGAUCCGCCUGUCCUGCACCUUCUGGUCCAGUGAAUGGAUCUCCGACGACAUCUCCGUCACCUGGCAUUACCAGCCCGACAACAGCAGAAAUACGUAUUCGAUAUUUCACUUCUCCAAAGGCCAGGCCCACAUAGAUGACACCGGGAUAUUCAAAGACCGCAUCGAGUGGGUGGGCUACCCCCGGAGCAAGGACGGAUCCAUCGUCGUGCACAAUCUGGAAUAUGGCGACAACGGGACCUUCACCUGCGACGUCAAGAACCCGCCGGACGUGGUGGGAAAGUCCUCCUACGUCCACAUGCUGGUCCAUGACAAAGGCCCGGUCCGCGCAGGCGUAGUCCUUGGCAUCAUUAUCGGGGCUGCGCUGGGGCUGGUGAUCGUCGUGGCCCUCCUGGCAUACCUCAUACGUUACUGCUGGCUGAGGAGACAGAUGCGGGUGCAGCGGGAGCUCAGCGCCCUGGAGCGAGGAAAACUCCACAAAUUAUCCCGAGGGUCAAAAGGGGGUCGUCAGGUGCCGCUUCUCGCCAUGCUAGACCAGUCCAGGAGCUUCAAAUCCAGCGACAAGAAACCCAAGGGGUUGGGAGACUCCCGCAAAGAGAGGAAAUAGCAAUUAGCCGGCAGGGAAGGUGCACAUAAGGCAGAGCCGGAGUCGCCCCGCAGCUCUAAGGUGGUCUAUACCAUCGAGAUGGAGCUGCGGGGGGACGAGGACCACCCCCACCGAGCCGCUGUAAAGUCCCCCAGCAAGAACAGCCUCAAAAACGCCCUCAAGAACUUAAUCAAAAGUGACUCAGAGAAACGCUCGUAAUCUGUGGGAGAGCAGCGGGGCCCCGGGGGCGUGAACACAUAUGCAACCCCCCCGAGGUCCGCCCCUUCCCGGGUCCCCGCUGGUCUCGCACCGCGGCUAAUGCCUUAUAAUAACAUUUAUGUGUAAACCGUUUCGUACCGUUCCCUGCGGGAAAUUGAGAAUUAAAGUAGGACUCCUCCCGGACACCGGGGGCGCCAUCGUAUCACCCUAGGGGGGAGGGGGCUGCAAUGUGAUGCAAUCUCCAUCCCACCACCGCUUACAUCUGGGAUCUGCAGUUCCUCAUGGGAGGGGCCUGGGAUCUCGGCCAAUCAGGCGAGUCUGUACAAUGAAGUCAUCGACCCUGAUACCAGCCGCCUGACCGCCAUCCCCACCCGCCUCCUGCGCCUUUAAGGCCGGUGUACAAGUAUCGCCCUCUCCGCCUCUCUCCAGGGCGAUAUUUCUACAGCUUUAACCCCUUCGCUGCCGACCACGGUGCAAUGGCUCGUUAAGGCUUUAAUGGCUUCUGUUAACCCCAUAGAUGCUGCACUGGCCAAUUACAGCGUCCACUAGGGUUCAAUAGAAGACGUUAAUGACCGGUACUGUAAAUCCCAGAAUAUAGGCCCCCAGGGGUGAUAAUACUAUAUGCCCAGCAUAUUACCGUAAAUCCCUGUAUAUAGGACCAGUGUAGGUUAUCAACCUCUAAUUCCAUAAAUACCAGAAUAUAAACUCAGUGAGAGCUACUUUAUGUACCGUAUAUCCUAGAAUAUAAAACCCACCCACAUACCGUAAAUGACAGAAUAUGAAUCCAGCGUCACAUCUUCAAGGAGCCCCUGACUCGCUGCUAAUACAUUAUCCUACCGUAAAUCUCAGACUACAGGGGCAGCAUCGUGUAUUGCACUCCUGGGCAUCUGAUAAUGUAAUACCGCUUACCGUAAAUCUCAGACUACAGGGGCAGCAUUGUUUAGUGAACUCCCGGGCAUUUGAUAAUGUAAUAUCCCUUACCGUAAAUAUUAGACUAUAGGGCCAUCAAUGCUUAUUGCACUCCUAGGCGUCUGAUAAUGUCACCUAUUACCGUAAAUAUUAGACUAUUGGGCCAUCAAUGCUUAUUGCACUCCCAGGCAUCGGAUAAUGUAAUAUCCCUUACCGUAAAUAUCAGACUAUAGGGCCAUCAAUGCUUAUUGUCACCUAUUACCGUAAAUAUUAGACUAUAAUCCCAGCAUUUCACAAUGAAGUAACCCUACCGUAAGUCUCAGACUAUAGGGCCAUCACUGCUCAUUGCCCUCCUGUUUACUGUAAGUAUCAGACUAUGAGCUCAGCGUUGUGCGCUGACCCCUCCCCGGGGGUGGUCGCUCCCGAUUCCUCCGGCCUUCUUGACUUCUCUGCCGUCACGUUACUGUCAGGAUAUUUUUGUAUUCUCGUCUCCAUCGAUCACGGUGCUGCACCCUACGCCAUUUCUGUGGCGGGAAACUGAUCCAAAAUGAAGUUUCCUGUAGAUGUAUUUAGGAAAUCCUCGCCAGGUCCGUCUUCCUGUGUCGCCCCCUAGUGAUGAAGAAUUAACGGAUUUACAAGGCGGUUGUUUUUUUUAUAGAAUUUUUCGGUAUUUUUCUGAAUUCUCGUUCUGUUUAUGAUGAAGCCUAUUCACAGCGAACAAACCAGACUUGACAAUCGGUGAGGUCGGCGGAGGUCACAGCAGCAAAGCAUCCUGGGACUUCCAAUAUGGCCGCACAGCAACCAAGUGGACGACGUCUCCGCUGCGGUGUCACCCACAAUGUCACCCAGUCCGGACCAGCGACCGCCACAACCCCCCCCUAUCUGUGUAUAAUGUGUGUAAAUAUGUCACCUGUACAAAGCCACGGAGACCACGACAUUAAUAAACUGACCCUGAA